AACACACCACUAUAUUUCGAAUACUUCCGGGGAAAGUUUUUUUUUCCGGUUCACAUACAUACAUACUUGAAAAUCAAUGUUGAGUUAGUCGGAGGGCUGUCACCCUCUUUCUAAAAGAUGUCAUCUUCAGAAUCAAAUGGCAAAAGAGAACCAGUCAAAGAAAAUGAUUUGAGAACACCUGGAUUCCGGGGAGUUCGCACUACUACUCUGUUUCGAGCUGUUAAUCCAGAGCUUUUUAUCAAACCUAACAAAACAGUAAUGGCCAUUGGACUGGUAACUAUCACUCUCUGUGUGGCAUACAUUGGCUACUUACAUGCAACCACUGAAAAUAAGAAAGACCUUUAUGAAGCUGUUGAUGCUGAUGGAACUAAAUAUAUGAGAAGAAGAACAUCCAAGUGGGACUAGCUCAGAUGCUGCUGCAGAAUUUGUAAAUAGUUUUGCCUUUUUCAGCUGUGGAAAGGCAAUAUUGUUUUACUGUGCUAUAAUGAAUGUAAAUUAUUUCAGUUUUGGAAAUAAAAGGUGACCUGUU